CAAUCAACAGGAUAAAAGUCCUCACCGGUUUGACAGCAACAGAGUGGACCUGUCCUCUUCUCCGGAGUCCAGACUUCUCACUUUAACAUCUACUGCAUCCGUUUUUUUUAAAUCAUUCAUUAAAUUGCCUCGGAUAUAUUGUAAUCCACCAUGGCUGCAUAUAAACUGGUGCUGAUUCGUCACGGAGAGAGCAACUGGAACCAGGAGAAUCGGUUCUGUGGGUGGUUCGAUGCAGAUUUGAGCGACACCGGAGAAAAGGAGGCGAAAAGAGGUGGACAGGCCCUGAAAGAUGCUGGCUUUGAGUUUGACAUUUGCUACACCUCCGUGCUGAAGCGGGCCACCAGGACACUGUGGCUGGUCCUGGACAGCAUUGACCAAAUGUGGGUGCCAGUGCAUCGGACCUGGCGGCUCAAUGAGCGCCACUAUGGAGGCCUGACCGGGCUAAACAAGGCUGAGACGGCCGCCAAGCACGGAGAGGCUCAGGUGAAGAUCUGGAGGCGCUCGUUUGAUAUCCCUCCUCCCCCAAUGGGCCCAGACCAUGACUACUAUGCUAUCAUCAGCAAGGAUCGUCGCUAUGCAGACCUGACAGACGACCAGCUUCCUUCCUGCGAGAGCCUUAAGGACACCAUCGCACGGGCGCUGCCAUACUGGAACGAGGAGAUCGCCCCUCAGAUCAAACAGGGAAAGAGGGUGCUCAUCGCAGCCCAUGGAAACAGUCUGCGGGGGAUUGUUAAGCACCUGGAGGGAAUGUCAGAUGAAGCCAUCAUGGAGCUGAACCUGCCGACAGGCAUCCCCAUCCUCUACGAGCUCGACAAGAACCUAAAGCCCUUGAAGCCGAUGCAGUUCCUGGGAGACGAAGAGACUGUACGCAAAGCCAUGGAGGCCGUGGCUGCUCAGGGAAAGGCCAAGAAGUAAAGCAGUAGUAAAAAAAAGGUGUCUCUGUGUAUGACAGUGUAAGUCGUCCCUAACGGCUGGCCUCAGAUUAGUUUAUUUUGGGUUGUAAAUCACGACGGGUUCACUGUAGAUUGCUGUCAAAGGCAACCUCACUCUACUUGCACAGUACAGAGAUAUUAGAGGGGUGAACAAUGGGGAUACAUUAAGACCAGUGGAGCCUCAAGAGAUUGUAAAUAUAUUUUGCCAAAAUAAUCCAUUAAUAUUACAACCUUUAAGUACCGCAGAUGAAGACAGAAAUAGUAUAAAGUAAUGAUAAAGUUUCUUAUCUGUGUACUUGAAUAUUUAAGUAAUUAAAACAUCGCCACUUCUAACAUAUAACAUAGUUUUGAUGUAAUUUUUUUGGGGGGGCAGAGGUGUUUAGUUGUUGUGGCUGGGAUAUUUAACAUCAGGGUAAAAGAUAAUCAUACCAAUAACAGAAAAAAACAGUUAAUUCAUGGCUGUGGUCACUCACACAGUCAGUUAUAACAAUUCAGGCUACUAUCUUUAGUGUUUUGGUGCUACACACAUGUGAGGGGAGACAGGACUCCUCUUGCUGUGGCAAGCCUUAAUUUUAUUUAUACUCACACAGAUUUUGUCUGAGACUUUCUUAACAUAAAAGGGACCACUGCAACGGAUGUCUUAGUCUUCAAAGCAUUAAACUGAUAAAAGGAAGUCAGUUUGCAAUCUCUUGAGAGCAGGAUGGGACAGUCAGACAGUCCUUUUCUUUUACUUUCUCUGUCGAUGGAUGCUAUUUGUGCAGUGUCUUUGUAUGCUGUUGAUAUCUGUGUUGUGACAGUUUUUCCCUUUGUGUUUCAUCAAGACCAAUUUUAAAGGUGCCUGCAUUGCUAUCAAUAUUGCACUGUGAUAAAUUCAUUAUUUGGAUUAUAGUCCCUCAGUACCCCCCAGUACUUCACAGUGUAAUGCAUGACUACUAAAGAUAAUAGGUCUACAUGUAGUCAUUAUCUUUGUAUCUCUAUGAUUGUCUUUGGUCCGUCUUUGCCUCUUGGUGUCAUUGUAUUUAUGUGCCUCCAGCUCCUGUUCCUACAGUAAACACCUACAACUGGCCUCAUAGACUAAUGAAGCAACAGUGGUGCUAGGAUUUUGUUUGCAACAUCCCAUUAUGUCUUACAGUGUUGCCAUUCGUUGGUUAAAUGUACCCUGAAAGCUCUGAUGUAAUACAUGUACAACUGUGUACAAAUCUAA